AUGUUGCACAGGCCCUUGCUGAGCUUCACAAGACACUUGGAUGCAGACUAUGAGCCAGGAAUUUCUGCGCCGCGGCCCGCCUCAUGUUAUGGAAGGUCCUCACAGCUACGCUGUGCUGUGGGCUGCCUGGGUCUCCGGCACGGAAGGCUUGAGGCUGCUGGACGAGGUCAUUUCUUGGCAAAGCAUUCGUUUGCACCAGUGAGGUGGCCAAAAUCAUUGCAGGAUGCGUAUGCAUCUAAAGAUGCGGUUAUGCAGUGGAGCAUCUGGGAAGAUCAUGGAACUCAGGGCUUUCGCGUUUAG